AACCACUACCUGAACCACUACUAUCCUCCCUCUAUCUUCACCACGCUUUAUCUCCCUUCUACACCCAUUGAUUUUUCAGUCAGUCCAGCCUCGAAAUUCUGCAUUUGCAUCUAUCUAGACUCUUCUUCUCUGUCCGACUCAGUAACAGAUUCCUACCUACCACUCCACGCAGGCGCCAACAUUUCUACACCUUCACUGCAUCCAAGAUGCCUCUCUUCAACGUCACCUUGAAAGAAAACGCCUCACCUGAGGAACUCAACAAGGCCAAGGACAAGGCCAAGGCUGAUGGCGGCACAAUCAAGCACGAGUUUACCUUGAUCAAGGGUUUCACUGUCGACUUCCCAGACGACAAAGUCGGUGUCCUUCAAACCAACGAUCACAUCCACGUCGAGCAAGAUGGCGAGGUCAAGACUCAAUAAGCGCACGAACCAUGACCUUCUAAACAACACAUUGUUGAUCUUCCCAUAGCAACCAUCACGAACCGCAAUGGUUAGGCACUGGUCAAGACAUAAGGAUCAAGAUCGAAGUUGAAGCAUCACAUCUGGGCGUCAGCCAGGAACAUUGGCAAGUUUGGGCUGACCUGCGAACAAAAACGAGCUCUCCGUACAUAGGAGCAUAUACAGACCAAGAACCGCUCUGCCUGGGGAUCUGACUUCAGAGUUUUGCUCUCAUUGACCGCAAUACGAGUGGUAUCUGAGGGCUUUUGCAUCUGUGAAACUCUCCUAGACAUCAAGCUCGACACUCAGUUCCCAAUCUAUGAUCUUCGACCACGAAACCAAUCGUCCCUUCCAACAUGCGCCUAACAACUCCCAUAGCAUAUAUCAUACAUCUAAAAGUCUG